AUGGCCCAGACUGCAAACGCCAGGAAGCGCCCGCCGUCGCGGCUCGUCACCCUCCCCUGCGAGAUCAAGCUGUUCAUCAUGGACCCCUUGUCGCUGGCCGAGGUGGGCAGGUUAUGCCGCGCCCAUACGAGCUGGCGUGAUAUUGCUCAGUGCUGCAUGUACAAAAAAGACGUCGCAGAAGAUACCUCGACCGCAAUACUCUGGGCAGCACUGGGUGGCCAAGACGACCCGACAGGACGCUACGAAAUGCAGUGCUCUGUGCUGAAGCGAUUCAUGCAAUGGGGCCAGGCGCGAUACCACAACGAUGCCGACAAGAGAGCGAUUGCGCAGGCCAAGGUGAACGCCAGGUAUGUCGGUGACGACGGCACAUUCGCCACAGCCCUACAUUUCGCCGCGGCCAAGGGUCGGCUGCCGGUGGUGAAGCAGUUGCUGGGCCACGGCGCCAGUCUCAGCGCCAAAUGCUCUGGGUUUCAAGCGUUUGAAAGUAGAGGCAUUCCGACGAUCGAUGUAACAGAGCAUGAGGGCCAUGGACGCUGCCGCUUUGGAAGCCUAAUGCACACGGCAAUUCGAAGAGCAGAGUGGCUGCCGCUCAUGGCGCCGCUCCUGCUCAGACACUACGAGGUCGUCAAAGCCCUCGUGUUCUGCAAGGCGCCGGCGAUACUCACCCAGCCGCCCAUUACAGUCUUUCACUACGUAGCAGCCAUGGGCUCCAAGGAGUUCAAUGCCGAACGCGUUGAAACGGAACCGGCCCCGAGGCGACGCAGGAAGCGCAAAGCAGAAGAGGAAAGCCAAAGCCAGAACUUCACCAGUCCUAUGGAGGUGCAUUUGAGCUUCUUCAAGGCGUACCCGGACUAUCUGGACGUUCCCUUUUCCAGAAACCAGGCCUCGGCUCUCCAUAUUGCGAUUCAACGAGACAAUGAGGAGGCCUUCAACCAACUCAUCGACCACGGCGCCGACGUCAAUGCUCUCACGAUCCUGGAUUGCUCGCCCCUCCACGAGGCUGUCAAGCGAAGCUGCGCCGCCUUUCUAUCGCUCCCUCGCCCCCCGCUGCGCGCGUACAUCAGCCGUCUCCUCGAGCGCGGCGCGGACCCCAACGCCGUGACAAAUACCUCGCCCCCGGAGACGCCCAUGAUGUGCAUACUGCCCGUCGACAGCAUCUCCUGGGGCGCUCGCCACGCCAAGGACAUGGAAGCGAUCCUAGACGCCUUGAUCAGGGGCGGUGCGCGGGUCGACGAGGGCCUUCAUGAGGGCAGGACGAUGAUGCACUACAUAAACGACAGGGUUCUCGACAACUUGUCGUGUGCGGGGCUGGGGUAUGACGCUUGCUUUGAGAAGCUUCUCUUUUUCCUCCACGACCAUCAUGAAGCGAAAGUCAACACGCGGAUCCAACCUGGAAAUCGCACGAUCCUGGGCGAGCUGAUACGCAGGAUCGCACGCGACCAUCUCGACAUGGCUGACACCUGGACCCCUACCAAAGCGUACUUCAAGAAACUCCUCAACAUUGGGGCCCACGUCAGCGCGAGCGAGGCCGACGAGGCGUUCCGGCACUGGCUUGCCCGUCCAGCCCUGCGAUCCCUCUACUCCAACAUCGUCGACCACUGCAAGGGCUCCCUCUCACAGCCAGUCAUCGACGAAGCCUUCACCCGCAGCAUCGAGGACAUUGACCUCAAGCUGUGGAAGGCCAUCUGCGAACACCUCGGCCCCCCGACCAACGCAUCUCAACUCGUCGCGGCGGCCUUUGAUUGGCCUUUCGACUCCUUUUGGCAGCAAGUCCGCGACACGCUGCGCUUCGAUGGGAAGUACGUGAGCCCGCUCGGGGAGACGUACCUCCACAUGCUCGUCCGGAGGCUCAAGAGGGGUGGGUACUCGCGCACGAGGCUCGCCCUUGAGGAGGCGCACAUCUUCGUGGAGAAAGGCGUGAAGAUCUCGGUGCUCGACGCGAACGGCAAGAUGGCGGUUCAAUACCUCCGCAAAGAGGGACUGGACUUUUCCACGGAGCUGCGGGCCUAUCUCAUGGAUGAGAGGAAUAGAGAGCUGAACCUGUUCUAA